AACCAAAUCAAACAUAUCAAUUUAUGGUUUAUAUGGAAAAUCGACAAAAUUCUUCUACUCAAGCAACUGGCUAUGUACUUGUUACAGUUGGAACUAUUGAUUCACAAAUGAUUGCCGUUGGUUGUGUUAUUUGGACAAUGUGUACUCCAAAUUUGGAAUUUCAACUUGUUAAUCCAACAACACAAGUUGCUUUAUUUUCUUUAUGUAUUGGAGAUUGCGACAAUAUUCAAAAUACAACAUGGAAUAUUUAUCAGGGUACAACAAAUAUAUCUUCAAACUCUACCCAAUGGACUUUGUUCAAUCAAAUGAAUAUCUAUGAAAAUAUUUGGUUUUUUGGAUGGAAUACAAGUAAUUUUACUGCAUUGAAUCAACUAUUUCUCAAUAAUCCUCAAAUUAAUCUUUGGCGAUUUCAAGUUAUUUAUGGAUUUACAUUACAAGCAAGUUCAAGUGCAUUAAAUUUUGUAAUCAAUCACCCUCCGAUAAACGGCUCAUGUUCAAUUAGUCCUUAUAAUGGUACAACAAGUACUUCAUUUAAUAUUUCAUGUUCAAAUUGGUUUGAUGAAGAUGGAAUUAAAGAUUAUUCAAUUUACGCUUGGACAGCAGAUCCACAAGAACGAACGUUUAUUUCAUUUUCAUCCGUGUCAAUAUUUCAAGUUCGAUUACCUUCCGGAGAUGAUCAAACAUCAUUACUUCAUCUUAUAGUUCAAAUUCGUGACACUCUUGAUUGUAUUACAGAAUAUAACAUGUCAUCUAUUAAUGUUCUACCAGAUACGUUAGGAAUUACGAAUUUAUUAAAUAAUUUACAAAGUUCAUCGAAUGCAUUAGCAAAUAAUCCAACUAUUCAAUUACUUUCAAGUGGAAAUCAAAAUAUUAUUGGACAAAUUGUAGGUUGUCUUUCGCAACAAUCUAAUAAAAUGAAUAGUGACGCGAUUGAUCAAGCUGUUUCAAGCGGAAUACCAGCUGCAAGUAUUUCUGUAUCUCAAUUAGGAAGUACAACUUCACAAGGAAAUUCUACUCCAUUGAAUGCAACAGCUUUAAUUCAAUAUAAAAAAGACUUAAAUUCUCAUGCAAAUCUUCGAGAAUAUUUAAUGACAUUUACAACUAAUCUUGAUAUUUCAACAUCAAAUAAUAUAAAAUUACAAGCAUCAUCAUUAGCUCAAUUAACUCAAGCAACAAAUCAAUUGACACGAACUGCUUUAACACUUGCAUUAGAUAAAUGUUAUCAAUUAUCUCUUGCUUUAUAUUCAAUUGUAACAAGAAUUUCAUAUGAAGAUGUUCAAAUAAUCACAACUCAACUGAUUCAAUGUGCAACGAAUAUUUUAACUGCUGUUAAUGGUCCACUACAACAACGAACAGAUAUAUUGGAUUUAGAUUCAUCACGUGCAACAGCAUUUCCGACGGAUUAUGAUACAGAUCUUGAAUCCGCCUGGUCAAAUCCAAAUUUAUUUUCUGAUGGAAAUGAUUUUUCAUGGGAAACAAUACAAAAAGGUCGAAAUACCUAUUAUCAAAAACAAUUAGCAAAUCAAGUUACCACUAAAGUGAAUCAAAUUCUAUCAUUACUAACUUCUAUAUCAAAUAUUCAAUUAAAUAUUGGUCAAAAUUUAAUAAUAAAUACAUCAUCAACAUUUAUGUCACUAGAAACUGUAUCAAUGAAAUCUCUUUCAAAUAAACAAGUUCAACAAGUUGGAAAUGCUCGAAUUAAUAUUCCAAAAAAUUUCAAGUCAAACAUAAGUGAUAAUUCAACAGUUUCACUUCGAUCAAGGAUGGAACCACUUGCUCCAUUGGGUAGUUUAAAAAUACAAACAGCAAAUACAAAUCUUUCGAGAUCUAUAUCACUUUCUGUUGUUGAUCGUAAUGGAAAUGAAGUUUUAAUUAAUACAGAUUCAACAGAUCCAAUUGAAAUUAUAAUUCCUCGUGAUCCAAAUGUAAUCAUUCCAUCAAUGAUUAUUCAAAAUGUAACAUCAUCAAUAGAUUCUGCACCGCAUAACCAAUUAUUUUCUUUCCAUUAUAUUAAUAUCACAAAUACACUUUCGGUUUCAGUUCAUAUUGAAAUUCAUCCAUUAGAAACAAAUAUUUCCUAUUUAUUUAUUUAUAAAUUUGAUCAAAUACCUCAAUUAAAUACUUCAAUAAAUAUUAUUGAUGGAUGGACUGUAUUUUGCCCGUUCAAUUUAACAAAUGAAAGUAUGUAUACAUAUUUUAUUGAUAAUCAACAAACAUCCGGUCAUCAAUCAAUUAUAUUUGGGUUACGAGAAUUAAAUACAACUGAAAAUAAUGAUUAUUGUUUUAAUUCUUCAACUUUAACUCCUCCAAUAACAAAUGAAAGAUUUAAUUUUACAGAAAAUUAUGAAGUUCGAAUUUAUACAUCGGGUUGUUAUUAUCUCGAUCAAAAUAAUCAAUGGAAAUCGGAUGGAUUAACAGUUGGACGAAACACAAAUUAUUAUGAAACUCAAUGUUUUUCAACUCAUUUAACAACAUUUUCUAGUGGUUUUCAAAUUUUACCUCAAUCUGUUAAUUGGAAUUAUGUUUUUGCCAAUGCUGAUUUUAUGAGAAAUAAAACGAUUUACUUAACAAUUAUCUGCGUAUCGGUAAUUUACAUUAUCUUAAUAAUUUAUGCACGUUGGAAAGAUAAAAAAGAUCUUGAAAAAUUAGGAGUAACACCAUUACCUGAUAAUCAUCAAUCAGAUGAAUAUUUAUAUGAAAUUAUUGUUUUUACUGGUCAAAGAACAGAUGCCGGAACCAAUUCAAAUGUUCAUUUUGUGAUUCAUGGUGAUGAUGAUACAACACGCAUUCGAACAUUUUCUGAUCCUCAUCGACGAAUUUUACAACGUGGUGGUGUUGAUGCAUUUGUAAUGAGUGUUCCAAAAUCAUUGGGAUUAUUAAAUUGUAUUCGUAUAUGGCAUGAUAAUACAGGUAAAGGUUCAUCAUCAUCAUGGUUUCUUAAAUAUAUAAUUAUUCGUGAUUUACAAACAAUGGAGAAAUUUUAUUUUAUUUCUCAACGUUGGUUUGCAGUUGAAAAAGAUGAUGGAAAAAUUGAACGAAUUUUACCAGUUGCAAGUGAAAUGGAGAAAAGUAAUUUUUCUUACGUAUUAUCAAAACGUACAUAUUAUAGUGUAUCUGAUGGUCAUUUAUGGUUUUCAAUAUUUUCUCGUCCACCAUCAAAUCAAUUUACACGUGUUCAACGAUGUACAUGUUGUUUUGUUUUAUUUUUUAUUUCGAUGUUUUUAAAUAUAAUGUAUUAUGAUUUAUCAAAUCAAGCAAAAAGCAAUAAUUCAGCCAGUUUAUCGGUUGGUUCUCUACAAAUUAAUUCUCAACAAAUAAUAAUUGGUAU